AUGUCCUUACGGCAGUCAGGAUCAGGAAGAAACGACCGUUCGCGCUCACCACCAUUCAGGCGCCCCCCGGGAGACAACCGAGAAUGGCGCGACCGCCAGAACUCCGAUCGAAGCCGGAACGAUGAUCGACAGCCAAACCGAAACAUGCGUGAUCAGAUGCGCAUCAACCAGCUGCAAGAAGAUGAGCAGGUGCGGGAAUGGGUUGCGCAGGAAGACGUCUUUGUGUUGAAACAGGCCAAGAAGAAGGCUGAGAUCCGGGUGAAGGAUGGUCGCGCAAAGCCGAUCGACUGGCUAACGGUGACGCUUCGUGUGAUCGAUCCCACACGCGACCCAUUGGACGACGAGAUUGCAGACUCGGAGCUUGAUGUGGUGGAUCCUGAUGGGGUAUUUGAAGGAUUGUCUCAGCCUCAGCUGCAAGAGCUAGAACAUGAGAUCGAGACGUUUGUGAAAUUGGAGACGAAUGCGCGCAAUCGGGAUUACUGGCAGGUAUGGCAACCUCUCUGUUUAUUUCAGUCCUUUGGACAAUGUACCGAGCUGAUCAUCUCUCUACUUCCUCAGACCAUGAAAGUCAUCUGUCAAGACCGCCUGAAGACCAAUGCGUUGGAGGGUCGGGCCCUCAACUCUGUCGCCGCUGAUAUCAACCGACUUCUGGGCCCAAAAACCUACGAACAAUUACAAACUUUGGAGGUACAGGUGAAGCGAAAGUUGAACUCGAAUGAGCCCAUCGACACAGAUUACUGGGAGGAAUUGCUACGCAGCUUGACCGUCUGGAAGGCUCGUGCAAGAUUGAGAAAUGUUUACCAAGCGGUCAUCGAUGAACGCGUUCGUGAGCUAAGGAGUCAGCAGAAAGAGGAGGCUGAGUCGAUCCGGGAGAAGUUGGCACCUCUGGCACCAGUCGUUACUGGGAAUGAAAAUCAUGUAGACUUGGCCGAGUUUACGGGGCUAGAUCCUGACCCGUUGCUUCAAGUGCGUGCAGAAGACAAAGGUCUUGAGAUCAUGGACGAGUCCAUGUUUCUUCGACAUGUUGCCCGUGAACGUCAGAAAAUAAUUCGCUUGGGAUUUGUUCCUCUUCGACAGCGAACGGCCGAAAAGCCGACCAUGGCCAUCACUAAUUCCGGGUCAUCUAGCAUGGCCGCCCCUGCCGUAUCGACUCGCUUCUCGUCACUCCCCAACGACGAUUUCUCACAAGCCACCAAGGCCUUGUACGAGCGAGAACUGGCCAAGGGGGUCAGUGAGAACGAGGAGAUCUUCACCGGCGAAGAAGCUUUGAGCACAGCGGCACAGCCCUUAUGGGCCAACAAGUACCGACCUCGAAAGCCUCGGUAUUUCAACCGGGUUCAGAUGGGUUAUGAGUGGAACAAGUACAAUCAGACUCACUACGACCAUGACAACCCACCACCUAAGGUCGUGCAAGGUUACAAGUUCAACAUCUUCUACCCUGACCUCAUCGACAAGGCUAAAGCGCCAACGUAUCGGAUUGAGAGGGAAAAUGGUCGCAAACGUGGUCAAUCCUUUGCCGAGGCUGGCGAAGAAGACACCUGUUUGAUACGAUUUAUGGCGGGUCCCCCUUAUGAGGACAUUGCCUUUCGAAUCGUCGACAAGGAAUGGGACUAUAGUGCGAAGCGUGAGCGUGGAUUCAAGAGCACAUUUGACAAGGGCAUUCUGCAACUCCAUUUCCAAUUCAAGAGAAUUUAUUACCGAAAGUAA